AUGCUCGCUGAAAUUCGGGUGCCCAGGCACAUGAGGAGUCCUGGUGACGAUGGCUAUCGGACGCCAACCAUAGAGGAUGCGGAGCACUCUCUCGCGGCUGUGGGUGUCGCGGAUAGUCCUAAUCCGGGCAGCCAUGCCCGCCAAGUCCACACUUCUGCUUUAGAAGCCGCUCUGCAAAAAGUCUCGUCGCGGACGACGGAAAAACCUGACAACCAUAAGGCAAAUGGUCCUUGUCUGGGCCAUGAUGGCGCGCCUUUAACCCGGCGACUUACUGAUGCGUCAGCGUCCAGUCUCAGCUGGAGGAAGCGAAUUCGCCAUGCCACUUGGGCAUACUUUACUUUGACUAUGGCUACCGGGGGAUUGGCGAAUGUUUUAUAUGAAGUUCCCUAUCGCUUCCGGGGAUUAGACACGAUUGGAACCGUCGUAUUCUUGAUCAAUAUUGCCCUCUACAUCUUCAUCUGGGGGCUUUUGCUGGCUAGAUUUUAUUACUACCCUUACACGUUCAAGGCGUCGUUUAUGCAUCCUACCGAGUCCUUGUUUGUUCCUGCAUGUGUCGUCUCGUUCGGCACCAUCCUAAUCAACAUCUCCCAAUAUGGCCCUGGGAAUACUGGGCCGUGGUUGAUGGAGGCCGUGGGUAUAUUGUUUUGGAUUGACGCUGCCCUUGCCGUGCUUUUCACCGCUGGCAUCUACCUCGUCCUGUGGUCCACGCAGACUUUUACGAUCGCCCAAAUGACCCCAAUUUGGAUAUUCCCUGCUUAUCCUAUGCUCAUUAUUGGUCCUCACGCUGGUAUUUUGAGUGCGAAGCUUGAGCCAGCUCGCUGCCUGCGCAUCAUAAUCGGAGGAACGACCAUUCAAGGGGUUGGCUUUUUGGUCUCGCUGAUGGUCUACUCGGCCUUUAUCUAUCGGCUCAUGACCCAAAAGCUCCCCAGAGAAAACCUCCGGCCAGGAAUGUUCGUCUCCGUGGGUCCCAGUGGCUUCACUGUUGCUGGAAUUGUGAACAUGGCGUCUUCAGCGAAGCGCUCCUUCCCGCCAGACUUCAUGGGUAAUGGCGCACUGGCCGCUGAUGUAUUGAGGGUGGUGGUCGACUUUGCUGCUUUGUGGCUGUGGGGACUAGCAAUCUUCUUCUUUAUCAUCGCAAGUGCGGCCCACUUGUCUGCCAUUGGACCAGGCCGAAUGGUCUUCUCGAUGACCUGGUUCUCCUUCGUGUUCCCCAACACUGCUCUGAUCACUGCCACUUUCGCUAUCGGGAAGGCAUUCUCUUGCAAGGCUAUCAACAUUAUUGGAUGUGCGGCGAUUCUUCCACUGCUUCUCAUGUACUUUUUUGUUUGUUACAUGAUGAUUCGGGCUGUUGUCACGCACCAGAUUCUGUGGCCUCAGAAAGGUGAAGAUAGAGACGAGGGUGGCUUUGAAAUCCAGCUGAUCAAAGCUGACGCGGAGAUCUCUGAUGAGACUAUAGCUGCGGCUGUCUAA